CCUGCCUCCUCCUUCCUCCUCCUCCUCCUCUACUUGUACCAGCUCAUUCAGAAACAAGGGAGGAAAACUGGUUCAUAAAAUGGAAAACUCAAGUGCCAGUCCUCUGGAUGUAUCUGAUCUUCCACUAUGGAACUUUGGGGAAAACUUUACAGAGGGGUCACCACUGGAUCCCAAUGACACAUAUUAUAUUGGAGAUAACAGGACAGAUCCAACCAGCAUGACUGCAAUGCUCCAGGGGGUUCUACCGGAGACAAUAGCCACCUCCACUCCUUUCUGGGAUACCCCACUGAACCAUGGGCUGAGUGUGUUUGUUGGGGUGGCUCUCUGUGUGACAAUGCUGGGCCUGGGCUGCACGGUGGAAAUAAGUCAGAUAGGAGAACAUCUCAGAAGACCCAUUGGGGUCCUCUUGGCUCUCAUCAGCCAGUUUGUCCUCAUGCCAUUGAUGGCUUUCCUCCUGGCUUUGAUCUUCAAGCUCAAUGAAGUAGCAGCUAUUGCUGUCCUACUGUGUGGCUGCUGUCCUGGAGGAAACCUCUCCAACAUCAUGUCACUUCUCGUGAAUGGAGACAUGAAUCUCAGCAUCAUCAUGACCACGUCUUCUACAUUGCUGGCGCUGCUCUUGAUGCCGCUAUGCCUUUGGAUUUAUAGUCGUCCAUGGAUUAACACUCCACUUGUGCAGUUCCUACCUCUCGGGGCGGUGACCCUGACCCUCUGUAGUACUCUUCUGCCUAUUGGGAUAGGAGUGUUUGUACGUUACCGCUACAGCAGGAUUGCUGAUAUUCUACUUAAGGUGUCUCUUUGGUCCCUACUCAUCACCUUAGUCCUUCUCUUUAUCCUUACUGGUGCAAUGCUGGGACCUGAGCUUCUGUCUACAAUUCCCCCAUCCGUGUAUAUAGUAGCAGUGAUCAUGCCUAUUAUAGGCUAUUCAAUGGGAUACGGACUGGCAACUUUAUUUAACCUGCCCCCCAACUGCAGGAGAACCGUGUCUCUGGAAACAGGGUGUCAGAACGUCCAGCUCUGCACAGCUCUCCUGAAGCUCGCCUUCCCAGCACAUCUCAUAGGAAGCAUGUAUAUGUUCCCACUGCUAUACGCACUAUUCCAAGCGGCGGAGGCAGGGAUAUAUGUCCUAGUGUAUAAACUGUACCGAAAGGAAGUUCUCCACAAGCAGGAACCUAUGGACGAAGAGGAGGACACGGAUAUAUCAUAUAGAAAGCUGAAGGAGGAAGAGAUUAAUGAGAUAUCAUAUGGGGCUGUGACAUCAGAAGAACAAAACUCUGUAACCAAGGAGCCUCCAUCAUAACUGCACUGGGUUAAAGGGGUACUCCCCUGGAAAACACUUUUUUUUUUUGUUUUUUAAAUCAACUUGUA